AUGCUGUCUCUCCUGCGUAGAGCUAUUACGGUCAGACCACUGUUAGAGAUUGUUGAACUUAGUAAUAAUACUCUUGUCUUUUGUAAGAAGGCGAGGGGAAUGACACUUGAACAAACACAGCAUCCGUGUGCAAAAUCCACGAAGUGCUGGGUAGUUACCACGCCACUACGUACUCGCAUCCGUUCCUUAGAUUGGGGCAAGUUAACCAGCAAGUGGGAGAAACACCGACAGAACAACCGCGGCGAAGUUAAAAGAAAGAACACGACAAUGAAUCCAUCACACAUGCCAAAACUUCUUUGCUCUCAUUACAAAACGCCACGAAACGAGGAGCCCUCUGGACAGGAGAAUAAGAGUGUUUCGGGCGUACACCGUAGAUGUAGUGGUACCGCUUCGGUAAGCCAUUUAGGGAGCCUCACCAGAUAUGGGCAUUAA